AUGCCUUCUUGGAUCAAUGCCUUGCAAUUCGUUAUACUUGCUAUCCUAUUAUGGUUCAUAGCCGAUACACUUGGAUUCCGAAAGAUUAAGGGGAUCCCGUCUAUUCCCGGGUACCCGGUGGUCGGUAAUCUCUUACAAAUCUUAGACAACCCAUCACUAAAAUACACUGAAUGGAGUAACAAAUAUAAGACUUCCAUCUUCCAAAUCAGAUUAGGAAAUACCAGGGCGGUUAUUGUUAAUGAUUAUCACGAUAUUGAAGUACUAUGGUGUAAAAAUAAAAAUAUAGCCGCCAAUAAUUCCAGACCCUUAGGAUAUACUUUCCAUGAUAUAGUGUCAUCAACUCAAGGCUUAACUGUCGGGUCUUCACCUUUCAAUGAAUCGUAUGUAAGGAAGAAAAAGGCCAUAUCUUCAGUGUUAAACCAAUCUAAAGUCCAUUUAAAAUCUUCAACUAUUGGAAGUCAUGUGAAUGAUAUGUUCAAACAAUUCAUCGCCAGUCAACCUCCAAGUCAUUUCAUGUCCAAGUCUAAUCUUAGUGCAAUUCCCGAUAUAAAUAUGAUGCCAUAUGUCCAAAACAUGAUAUUGGGUUUAUCAAUAUGUUUGAUAUAUGGCUUGAAUGUGGAUAAAGCAUUAGAGGGCAACGAUCAUACCAUUGAUAUCACCCGGACCGAAAAUGAAAUCCUUCAUUUAAGGUCUCCCUUCACCAAUCUCAAAGACUAUAUUCCAAUUCUAAGAUUCAUAUCGAGUAGCUCAAAGCAAAAAACCCUAAGAUCUGUUCGGGAUCAAUAUAUGAACAAAUUCUGGAACACCAUGGUCCAAGAAAUCGACUUGGGGAACCCCACUGUAAUCGCAAGUAUCAUGGGACAAUUAUAUUUGGGUAUGGUAAAUGGUUCCAAUGAGUUAAAUAUUCCUGAGUUGAAAAGUAUUUGUUUGUCAAUGGUUUCAGCGGGAUUAGACAACACUCCUCUAAAUUAUAAUCAUUUAAUGGGUCAUUUAUCUCAGCUUGCUACCGGGGAGGUCAUCCAAAAAAAGGCCUAUAAUGCCUUAAUGGAAUUAUAUGACAACGAUCUUCAAUUGGCUUGGAACUCGGUCGAAUCAGAAUCAACUUGUCCUUAUAUCAUUGCAUUGAUCCAAGAAACCUUAAGAAUCUUUACCGUUCUUCCAUUGGCUCUUCCAAGAUGUUUAUCAAAAGAUAUCAUACACAAAGGUGUCUUGAUUCCAAAAGGCACAGUCCUAAUAAUGAAUGCUUAUCAAGCCAAUCAUGAUAGUCAAGUGUUUCAAUCUCCAACAGAAUUCUUUCCUGAAAGAUGGCUAAAUUCUAAGCAAUUGAAUCAUUUCAGCUUUGGAGCUGGGGCAAGGAUGUGUUCAGGAAACCUUUUGGCUUGUAAGCAAUUAUAUGUUUUAAUUGCUAAAACCAUCUUAAUGUUCCACAUCAAACCUCCUAUGGAUCCAAAUUAUCAAAUGAAGCUUUCUCCAUUUGAAAUGAAUGGAAAUCCAAGUGCAACUUGUUUCGAACCAAAAUUAUUCAAAGUUCGUUUAGAACCUCGUUGCACUCCAGCUCAUGAAUGUUUAUACUAUAACCUUUUCAGUUAG